GCUGAGAAGUGGGGAUAUAGCAUCAAGCAAGACAUUAAGCUUUGCUGAUGUGGAAGUUUCAGUAAGCUGAACUGAACUAAAACUAAAAUAGAAGCUAUCAUUACUUUUAAUUUUAACAUUUAAAGUCCUAAUAAUUUCGUUCAUUUACUCGUGUUUAAGUGAGCUAUGCAAGAAUUCAUGCUUCUUCAAAUUUUGAUUGGUUUUUCUGUUUUGACGACGGCAAUUCCGAAGCCGGAUGAUGAACAUAAAUCGCGAGUUAUCAAUAAGAUCUAUUUCAGGAACCAAGUAAUGAAGAACACUAUGUCAAUUCUCAACAUAAUCCUGCUUAUGACCACGAGGCUUUCCUAGGUGAAGAAGCAAAAACUUUUGAUCAGCUUACUCCUGAAGAAAGUACAAGAAGGUUAGGAAUAAUAGUUGAUAAAAUAGAUAAAGAUAAAGAUGGUUAUGUUACUGGAGAAGAACUUAAAGACUGGAUAUUAUAUACUCAACAACGCUACAUACGAGAUGAUGUUGAACAUCAAUGGAAAUCUCAUAACCCUGAACAAAAGGAGAAACUUCCAUGGACAGAAUAUUUAGCAAUGGUUUAUGGAGAUAUGGAUGAACACGAAUUAGAAAAUCAUGAAAAAUCUAAAGAUAAUACUUUUUCAUAUGUUGCUUUGCUUAAGAAAGAUCGUAGACGUUGGGCAGCUGCAGACCUAGAUGGUGAUGAUGCUCUUACGAAAGAAGAAUUUCUUGCUUUCCUUCAUGCAGAAGAGGCAGAUCAUAUGAAAGAUAUUGUAGUGAUAGAAACUAUGGAAGAUGUUGACAAAGAUGGAGAUGGGAAAGUAUCUCUUUCAGAAUAUAUUGGUGAUAUGUAUGAUGGUGCAGAAGGUGAAGAAGAACCAGAAUGGGUAAAAAAUGAAAAAGAACAAUUUUCUAUGUAUCGGGAUAAAGAUGGCGAUGGUUUUCUAAACUUUGAAGAGGUCAAAACAUGGAUUAUCCCGGCUGACUUUGAUCAUGCAGAAGCAGAAUCUCGGCAUCUCAUAUUUGAAGCAGAUACAGAUGCAGACCAAAAACUUACUAAAGAUGAAAUAUUGGAAAAAUAUGAUAUUUUUGUUGGUUCUCAAGCAACUGAUUUUGGUGAGGCAUUGGCCAGACAUGACGAAUUUUAAUAAAAUUUCGUAUAUCAUUUUUAAAUAAUUAUACCUUUAUAAACGAACAAAAAGCAUAAUUGUGUGAACAUCAAGGACAAACUGUAUGAAACAUUUACUAAAGAUACUUUACCUUUAUUAGUAGGUUAAGAAUUUUUCUAUAAUGGCUGAUUUUUACUUACUCUCAUAACAUUGUUAACUAAAAAUCAUUACAUCCUUCAAAAGUGUAAAUAUGUAUUAAUCAUUGUAAUAAAUUACAAAUAUUUACUUAAUAAAGUAUACUUUGUACAUUGUA